GAUGUGACGUCAAGUCAAAACAACAAAACGAACAAUUGCUAUUGGCUGAAUCUGGAAAGCGACGCUCGCAGUUUUCUACGACCAAUGAACCUCAGGAAAGUGUCUCGUCGCGUCUCUUACUCUCGGAGGAGGGAUGGAGAAGAACAGAGACCGAGGACUGAUGAACAAUGGCGAGGCCAAGCGCAGGCGAGAGAGGGUGAGAAUGAUGAGAGACACCAGCAGCAUGGGAAUAAAUCCGUGCCCGAGGGGACUUGCCAGACCAUGUGCCCCGGCAGAGAGCUGGAGGCCCGGGAGCUGCAGCGCUGCCUUCACCGCUUUGAGUUGUUGGCAGGCACAGAAAGAUUUCGAAAGCCCAGAGGGGACCCCUUCCGUGCCGUCAAAGAGUAUUCCAGACCAGCAGCUGGGAAAGACUCGACAAACCCCACUGACCUUCGUCCACCUGCAGUGUUAAUGAAAACUGUGUGUUAUCUUAUUGAUGACAUCGCUGCCUCCUCUCACCUGCAGCCUUGGACAGAGGUGUACAGCUUCGCCUUUGAUCGUCUGCGCAGCGUGAAACAGGACAUGAUCAUCCAGAGGAUGUCUGGUUUGAAGUGUGUGGCCAUUUUAGAGCGGACAGUGCGUUUCCUCACCUACGCCUCUUAUCGUCUUUGUGGUGAGCCCCUGCGGCUCUACGACCCGCGCAUUAACGACACACACCUACAGGAGAAUCUGAGCUGGCUGUUGGAUUGUUACGCAACUGGAACAGGACCGCAUCCCAACCAGGAAGAGAUGCAAGCUCUUGGUCUGCUGUACAACUUGGGUUCAGCUCAUGCGGCGCAGCACAUCAUGGAGCUCCCCGAGCGGCUCCGCAGCUCUCCUGCCGUCACACUCGCUCUUUCCAUCAACCAAGCUUUUCUGCAGCGAAACCCCGUCCGGGUGCUCCGAUUGGCCCGGAGGUUAAACUUCAUACAGAGCUGUGCUCUGCACCGCCACUUUGUGACGUGCGGUCGAGACCUGCUGCUAAUAUACAGCCACGGAUACAGCAGCCGCAACUGCCGCUUCCCUCUUGACGGACUGGCUCAGCUGUUAUCGUUGGACGCGCCCCUUGCGGCCCAACUCUGUCAGGCGUAUGGAGUGGUGGUUAACCAGGACAACCAAUUGGUUUUCUCCAAAGCUGCUUUCACAGAGCCUGAACCGGGGAAACUGCACUGCAAACUGUAUCACAGCAUAGUGGCAGAAAAACUGAGAGACUUCAGUGUUGGGAGCAUCAUUCACGGCAGCGCUUAAGACAAAUAAACUGUAAACAAAAUGAAAGUGGUGCUUGAUUGUUAUGUAUAAGGAAUUGUCUCUUUGCUCCUCCACGAAGUGAUGAGUGCCACUGGCAGGGAUUUAAAAUCUGGUCAAGAUACUCCAGCAGUGUUUUCAUCUUUCUACUCUUGUUAUUGGACACGUGUUCAACAUUAGGGUCAGGGCUUUUGUUGAGUUCAUGGCCGAGCUCCACCUGAGAGAAGAUGAAAAAGCCCCUCCGGACCCGAGAGGGAACUCGGGAAGAGUUCCCUCUCGGAGGGGCUUUUUAAUCCAAUCCUGCACUUGGUGCCUGAUUCACUUAAAUAUGUGAAUUACUUUUAUACUCUUUAUUACUCUUUACUGAUGUUGUUGUUCAAUAUUAUGUUUUAUAGAAUAUUCUGUUUUUUAUUAAGCAUUUCAGAAAACCUGGAAAAACUACUGUGCAACAUUGUUAAUAUUUCUUCCUCAUCCAUGAAGUACCUCAGAAGCAUUUUAAAUAAACAUUUGUUACCUAAAACUGA